UUUCCCUGUCCCCCGAGUCAUGUGUCCGUGUAUAAGGUCCUGCGUCCUGCAUUGUUUACUUAGUCCGCUCUGUGUAAUAAGCCGUCUCCGCCGUGUCCUGCAUGCGCUCCGUUCUGUCUGUCGGGUCCUGUGUUUCCUGUACACUCGUUGUGUUUUGUGUUGUCUUUAGACUCUUGUCCCUCACUCCGUAUCUUUAGGUUCCUGUGGCCCCGCGUUGUUUGCAUGUGGCCGUUCCUGCCUGUUUUCCUGAGAUAUGGAGGACCUGGGAGUGCUUCUUAUAACGGCUAACAUCGGCUCCUUAUCAGACCAGCCGGGCGAAUUUAAUCAGCAAUGGAUUCAAGAACUGUGUAAGACCGUACAGAGACACCAACCGGUCUUCAUUAGCCUUCACCUACAGGAGGUUGGAGGAAAGAAUUACAAAGACAACAUGAAAGCUGCACAAAGCUUCAUCAGGGAGUUGAUGCGGAGCGCAGAGCUGUCGGCAUAUGACCGCACGCUAGCUUUCAUUGACACCGACUUCAAUCAGCCUCACCUUUUCACAGCUCUUGGAUCCGUCUAUUUUAUACACAAAUCUCUACGUAGAAUUCAAAUCUAUGAUUUCCAAGAGGGGCAGUUUUUGCCUGUCAUUGGCCAAGUUGCGUGGUCAGGAUCUCUUGGCGAUUGCCCCAACGUGCAGAAGGAGAGAUUCCCUCAGGACUUCUGGUCGGAGUUUCCAUGGACACGCAAAGGAUUCAUGAGGACGCGCUGGCAAAUAGACGACCGGACGUUUGACCUUGUGAACCUUCACCUAUUCCAUGAUGCCUCAAAUCUUGUGUCAUCUGACUGUUCCCCUUCUGUGUAUAGCUCCAACCGGAGGAAAGCCUUGGAACACAUCCUAACCAGGAUACAGGACAGUUGUGACGUACCAUUUUUCCUUUUUGGAGAUUUUAAUUUUCGCUUGGAUUUGAAAAGCCUCAUCUUGGAGCAGGGCUGGGAUCUUAAGACCGGUGGGGAGUCGGAUGGAAAGACUGUUGAGUAUGAACAAGAUGGAGAGGUGAGGCUGAUAAUGCAGGGGAAACACUUUGAACAUCAUAAUGUGAAGAUCCUUCAGGAAGACAGCGGGCGAUCACUGCUCCCUUAUGACUCCGAACCUCUCCCCUUCCUGAGUAUCCUCGCUGAGCUGCCCGUAUCCUUCCCUCCCAGUUACCCAUACAGUGAGAUGGUAACGAGACCCUCGGAGUUCAUGGGGACCCGCUGCCCUGCCUGGUGUGACCGUGUCCUCAUGUCACAUUCUGCCAGAGCUUUCCUGAACAAGGGGAAUGAAGGGCAGAGCCGUGUAAAAUAUGACCGAAUUGGAGCAGACGUGUGUAUGGGGGAUCACAAGCCCGUGUACCUUUAUUUUGAGAUGGCGAGACCCUCUAACCCUCCAGUGGAUUGACAUGUAAGAAAGCGCCGGCUCCUGAGUAUCUCCCAC